AGCCACGCCCACUGGGUCACGACAAGUCAGCUGAUCUUGUGCUAGCUGCAGCAGCAGCAGCAGCAGUCAACUGAGACGCCAUAGUUGCUGUUGUGCUAAAGGGAGAGACGCUCAAACUCAAGGUUCAAGGCGAUCCAUGAUGGACUCCAGCUCUCGCCGGCUUCCUUUUUGUCUGUCCAGCACGCGCUCGUCCUACACAUCCACUCCCUCCUCAUCGCUGGGCUCCAGUAGGUUGUACAGUCGGGAGACGGUGCUGAGUAGUGACCGCUUGCCCAGGGUUUCAUCAUCUUACAAAACAGACCUGGACCAGCAGAAUUCUCGUCUCCUGAGUUCCACCAGAGAUUACAGCAGCUCCAGCAGUCGCUCCGCGAGCUGGAAGUUACCCACGUCUCUGGCGUCCUCCAGCAGAUCUUAUGAUCGCUCCUGGAAUGAUUCCGCUCUUAGCAGCAGGAGUAAACUGAGUGAAUCCGAUGGGAGGUUGGGAUUGAGCUCCAGUCUGUUGAACACCAGUGAUGAUGGUGAUUCAAAAAGGGCCAAACUGUCGUACAGCAACAGAGGACUGUACUCAAAAACGUCCAACACCUCGGCUACAGGUUCCACUUACUCCAGUCAUGGGCUGAGCAGUGGUAGAGGUUUAGUCGAUAAACAAAAUGACCCAUUUGAUUCAUCAUGGAGCUCAAGCUGUUUACUCUCCCGGUCAUCAUCUUCCUCCUCCUCUUCAAAGCCACUGUCGUCCAGGAGAGAGCAGGAGACAAAGUAUGAGCCCAGACUGUUAAGUCUGGGAGAAAGAAGAAUUGGGACUGCUGGAGUGGCUUCGUCACUGUAUCAGACAGACCGGGUGACUUCCACAUAUGCACAGGGAGCUCGGCCUAAAGAGACUUCCUACUCUUCCUCUUCUUUCUCCCCCACUGUGAGAGAGAGGUCCUUCAAUCACCACCUCUCAUCCUCCGCCUCCUCCGCCCAUCGCUCUACUCUCGCACGUGACUUGAGCAGCAGAGCCACAGCCCGUCUGAACACCUCCUCCACCCUGCACUCAUCUCAGGAACAAAAGAAAAUCCCUGUAUCCUCCUCAGGUGGACCUUCCUCAUACUCCUCCCACCCUUCAUGGUACACCUCCCAGGCCAGACCAGAGGCCACACUCCCUCCAAGGCCGGCCCCUGAAGGUGCAGAGUCCGAGGGCCGUCGCUCCACGCGGCGCCUACUGUCGCGUUUGUUUUCUCGGCGCUCCAGCCAAGACUCUUCAAGUGGAUCGUCCAGUGUUCGCUCUGUCGACGAUGACUGUCCGUCUACCGGAGGAGAGUCUUUGGAUGGAGAUGAAGGAGGGAGGAGGACCAGUGUGGACUCGAAUGCUGGAGGGUCAGAGACGACCUUGAGUAUCCUCAGGAACCGUAGAGCCGACCUCACGACCAUUCAGGAAAACAACACCGAGUAUCGCAGAGCGUCCAGACUGCCAUCAUGGAGAGAGCCUGGUGUUGGCAGGAGUACCACCACCACCACCACCACCACCAGCAGCAGCAGCAGCAGUAACAGCAGUGGCUCCUCCUGGCUUUCCUCCUCACUCCGUGGACGCUGCCCUCCGCUACUCUCUCGCCUCAGAAGACACACACGGGAUCAGAGCGCACGCUCAGCCUCGGGUGUGGAAGAAGACUCCAGCUGUCCACAGCAUAUCCCGAGGAGGUGGGACAACGUGGAGCACAAAGCGCCGCAGGAAGACGAGGAGGAAGACGACGGCGAAGACGAGGAGGAUGAAGAUGAGGAAGGAGCAGUUGGCGUAGACGCCUUUGGAGCACGUCAACCCUGGAGACCCGAGGACGAAACAUUGCCUGAACUUGAAGAUGGCUCCCUCUUUCCAUCACGCCGCAGAAACUCACUCUUCACCCCAGCUUCCAUGAGUCCACUGAGCGGUGUUGAGAACCUGCUGGACAGCCAGAAGGAGAAGCCUGUUUCCAGUAGGGAUCAAGAGAAGUUGCGCAAGAUCAAGGAGAGGCUGCUUCUGGAGGAUUCUGACGAGGAAGAAGGCGACCUGUGCCGUAUCUGCCAGAUGAGGGAGGAAGCGGCUUCUAACCCCUUGAUUCAGCCCUGCCGCUGCACAGGAAGUUUGCAGUACGUCCACCAGGAGUGCAUCAAGCGGUGGCUUUGCUCCAAAAUUGGCUCUGGUUCAAACAUGGAGGCCAUCACAACAUGUGAACUCUGCAAGGAGAAGCUGCGCUUGAACAUAGACAACUUUGACAUUCAGGAGCUCCACAGGACACACGUGCAGUCAGAAUAUGAUGAGUUCAUCAGCAGUGGUCUGUAUCUGGUGGUGCUGCUGCACUUCUGUGAGGAGAGGUUCUCUGAUGUCCUGGGAGCAGUCGAUACAGCCGGGGUAUUCAACCUGGUGAGAGUCCUUCAAGAACACAUGGACAAUCUUCUAAGUGCCAGCGAGGAAAGCGAUGGCGAGGUGCGAGACAGUCGACCGUCCAUCGAGUUUUCCGACCUGGACGACGAUCUGGAGGAUUAUUAACGAUGUGGAUAACGGGGGGGAAUGAAAAACUGGGGUCAGUUUAGCUGAAGUCGCAGAGCUACUCCGUGCCGUGUGUAGAAGCUCGCCCAGUUUUCACAUAAUACGCUUUUGUGUUGAUCUGAAAAUGUAAGUGCACAGAGCGCACGUAUCGCUUUCAUUGCAGGUGGCUUUUGCAAAAAAUAUGCAAACCUGAAAUGAACCAAGUGUGUGUAAAAGAUCCUGUGCGACACUGCUGUAUUUGUGUCUACGAGACUGCACUUUAUUCAAAUGUUAAUAUGAUAAAAAUGCAAGUCUUUUUUUAAACCGUUAUACCACAAGUGCUCUAAAGUUUAAAUAAGAGAGAGGGGGAAAAAAAGUUGUAGAGUGGUACGUAAGGUGUUCAUGCUUAGAUGGUGAUUAUUUACCUUUUGUUUUUUCUGACUGAGAAAAACAAAAAAUGUAAUCAGGCAAAACUUCUUCUUUAUCUUUGUGUCAGUGUCUGAAAUUAUUUAUGUUCAAAUCUGGUGUUAAGGUUUUAAUUUUGGAAAUAAACUUUGAUUGCAGACUGCCA